CAAAGUAUAUUACUAUGUAGAUAGGUACUUAACUUGGUACUUUGACUAACAGACACAAAGAGUGAUUUGGUAAUAGAAAAGAGUGAUUUGGAAUGAGAAAUAAAAAAGACUUGAGACAAAAUGUGAGAGUUUUAAAAGCGAGGAUGAUGUUGAAGGGAAAAUGAUGAAACCAGAAAAAAAAAGGAAAGAGAGGGUCAGUGCAGAAGCUCAAGAAAAGGGAAAGAAACCUGGCUAAUGAGUAAGAAAGAAGGGGAGAUAGAAAGAGGGAGAAUUAAGACUAGAAGACAGAGUGAGAGGCUGACAGAAGAGAAAAGGUUUGUCUGCGGUACUAGAAGAGAGGGCUGUUUGUGUCUCUAACAGACAUUAGAAUAACAACUUGAAAACAGUCUAUUUUUUUAAAAGCAGAAACCAACCAGAUUUGUAUCGCUUUGAAAUCUAGUGCUGCCUUGUCCCCAUCUCAGGCAUGCAGUACAUUGGUCCCCUCGUUCACCUAUUUCUCCUGCCACUUGUCAUGUGUUUACAAGAACAGACUUCUAGACUGCCUAAUUACAGCCCUCAAGUGACAUUAUGCCAUCAGUACACUGACACAGACAGUCUUUGUAAUCAUUGCUUGUCAACAAUUAAGACAAACUACAAUUAUUGUUGUCUGGACUUAUUAGUCAGAACAACGUGCAAAUUAUGUCACAAGGAAUUUAAUAAUUGUCAUCUUUUAGUCGAGAUAAUUAAAACAAUGGCAGAUGCAAGUAUUCUGAUCCCCAUCAAACAGAAUUCGACUUAUAAUAAAAUGUUACCAUCAGAAGCGCAAGAAAAUUUGGUCCAAAGAAUAAUUCUACAAUUAUCUGUGGCUACAGUUCCGGCACCAUGGACUUCCAUCGGAAAGGCUAUAAAUAGACUGAUAGAAUCAAGCAGAAAAGAUUUGUUCUAUGUAAAUAGAAACAUUGUUCUAAAUAGUUCAAAACAAAGUUUAGCAGCAGUUAAACCCAUAUCUUGGGCGAUAAACACAAUAGAGAAAGUUGUUGACUUUCCUGAAGAUGUCAGUUCUGAGUUAAAGCAGCUAAGUUUUGUUAGCCAGUUUGUUAACUCCAGUUGGAUCUUAUUUCCAGCUCUACAAAUGUAUAAUACACAACAGGAAACUGGGCAAGGUUUAAUGCCACAAAUGAAAAGUCCAUUGACAAAUACAGACUCUGGAUUUCAGACUCUUCCGGAAGUCAGCAAAACUUCCGCCUAUUCACACAGUCACCUGUUUGUAAUGAACAACCCCGAGUCCAAAAAGUUCAUUACUAAAGGAAACAAGCUCAAGAUGGACAACAAAACUUCAAAUCUUGAAUUAGUUGAUGGGAAAAAGUCAUCACUGCCGGCAAGUGGAAACUCUUUGAAAUCUCUCGUUGCUAGAAACUUCCGAUCAAUCAAGGAUAACAAGAAAACUGAUAAGACUAGAGGAGGACGACAUUUAGAUCAUGACCUAGAUGUAGACAACUCAAGACAAAGGGAACCAAGAAUCAAUCAAGACAAGAAAUGGGGAAGUUUAGGAGCUGGAAAGUUUAGACGUUGGUGGUUUGGGAAAGUUUCAACUUGAGCUCGUUGAUUCCAAGUGUACAGUGAUACAGGCAAGUUGCACGCAUUGACUAGGAGAUUUUCAGGAAACCUUUGAACACAAUAAACCAUUUUUUUUAUUUCGUUUCUUAAAGUCAUAAAAAAUGCAGGAAAAUAAAAAAAGAAGAGACUGCGAUAUUGAGAAUUGUGGUAAAGAUAUUAGGAAACCUCUAGAAAUAUGUCAGAAAAUAAACUUGAGAGAGACUUUGAACAAACAGUAAAACUAAACAAUGUCAAGGAGGCCAUUUUUUUAAGAGCUGUGUUUCAAAUUCACUGUUCCACGUGAACAGCUUACAGCUGUGUUUCAAAUUCAAUGUGUUCCACGUGAACAGCUUACAGCUGUGGCUGUGCAGGUAAAAGUGAAACUAAACUUUUUCCAAGAAACAGAUUCGAUGAUCCAUACUUCCUGGAGUCUGUACACCAGACACAGCCAUAUUAAAAACUAUACAAAUAGUUCAACUGAUAUUUAGACAUGUCUUUCUGACAUGCAUAAACUGUGUUCAAGAUUAAAGGUGUUUGAUUUCAUUUUUCUUUUUUUUGUUCAUAUCUGAAAGUCAAUUUCAUAUUCGUAUUCUCAGUAGAACAAAAAAUAUUGGCAUUCUCGCUGUUUAUUAUUAAUAUUAUUUAUUUUGUAACAGCAAGUUAACAACAACACAUGCAUGUUUAAUGCAAUAAAGUGACGCAAUCAAAUAGAGUGUAUUUGUAAGAUUUUCUUUUGUUCUGAAAGAAAUGUCAAUAAAAUGUUUUUCAUAUAACGAUUAAUGAACCAUUGAAAUAAGCUAUUGGUAAUUCUAUCAAAUAAAACUUGUUUUGACCAUUUGUCAACGUAUAAAGCCAUUAUUAACAGAGAAAAGUGUUUUCAAGUGUUAUGAAACUGGAGAGAACGUUCCAAUCAUAGUACUGACCAUAUUUCGAUUAACCAACAUAUUCAGCAAACUUCAAAAUAGCGUAACACAAAAUAGCGCCAACCUUAUCUAUACUAUAGAAUGAUAAUGAUGUGUGUGUGUGUGGAUCUUGUAGUCAGGUGUCUGGAUCUAAUAUCUGGAUUAUUUAGCGGUAGCGCUCUUUGAUAAAUCUGUGGGUGACGGAGUUAGUAACCUUGCUAUUUCUUAUAUUACCAAUACCUUUGACUGGCUCAUUUUUACCGUUUGCCGUUGUAAUUAAUGCCUAUGAAAAAUUAAAUGAUUCUCGACCACAUUAUGUAGAGAAUUUGCAUGACUUUCUUUUGAUAGUCACACCCUAAUGCAUAACUUUGAAGAGACCUGACAAACUCAAUACUGAUAAGGUUUUUUUUACAUUUUAAUGUAACUCUCUUGUACUUGGAUGCUAUUUCACUGAAAAAAACAACAACUUUUACAUUCGUAAUUUAAUUUCAAUCAUGAAUAGAGUCCAUGACUAGAGUCCAUGACUAGAGUCCAUGACUAGAGUUCAUGACUAGAGUCCACACUUUGCCUGAAAACGUCAUUCAAUAGAAUGUAAACUUUGUGAAUUACAAACACAAGUCAACAAAAAGACCUUCGACAUUGUGUUCCUAGGAAUGUGUCUCAUAGUGUCUGGGGUAUUGGGUGAGGAAAAGCUAAUUGAAGUCUUAAUAAGUGACUCUCUGAAGUCUAAAGAAGUGAAUAUCUGAAGUCUAAAUACGUGACUAUCUGAAGUCUGUAUAAUUGAAUAUCUGAAGUAUAAAUACAUGACUAUCUAAAGUCUAAAUAUGUGACUAUAUAAAGUCUAUGUGACUAUUUGUUUUUGAAGCCUAAAUACUUGAUUAUUUGAAGUCUAAAUAAGUGAAUAUCUGAAGUGACUAUAUGUUUAUGUGACUAUAUGAAGUCUAACUAAGUGACUAUCUAAAGUCGAAAUAAGUGACUAUAUGAAGUCUAAAUAUGUGACUAUUUGAA